AUGGUGAACACUCAUGGAAACAGAAACUUUCCAUUGUGGAAUACUUUUGAUGAUAAAUGGUGGGGAGGGAUUUUUACAUGCAAAAAUAUAGGUGUGAAUCGCCACUUUCACAUGAUUUGUAUUCGAGAUAAAUUCAGUCAGAAUAUCGGACGUCAGAUUUCCUCCAGAGUGAUUUGGGAUCAUUUGAGCACCAUGUACGACAUGCAAGCACUACAUGAAUCUGAGAUUCUGCCCUUCCCUAAUUCAGAGAAAAACUUCAUCCUGCCUGAGGAAAUUAUCCAAGAAGUGAAAGAAGGAAAAGUAAUGAUUGAAGAAGAGGUGAAAGAAGAAAUAAAAGAAGAGUUGGAAGCUCAUGCAGGCCCAGAAGAAGUUUAUGCACCUUCAGGAAACUUGGGAAAAGCAGCUGAAAAACCAAGCAGCAAAGAGAAAGAAAGGAGCUCAUCAGAUUCUGGGUCCAAAGAAGGAGCUGAUAAAAGGAAACGUAACAGAGUCACUGAAAAGGUCUUAAAUGCAAACAGCAAUCCCUCCAGUCCAAGUGCUGCAAAACGGCGCAGAACAUAGAGAAUACAGUGAAAGACAGGUGCUUUUAACUAUAGAACCAGGGAAGGGAACAGUAGAAUGGAAUAGGAGAGAAAAUAAGUUGUUAUAAAGAUUUGUUAGGUGGAGAAAAAACUAUUUGAGCCAGAUAUUAAAAGCUUCAGCACACUGUCA